AUUUGCUUCUCCACUCCGAUAUUUUUCCAUCUCCCGGGUCCAUCCCUCUCUAUUUAAGAUGCUACCCAUAUUCCAUCUUCUUCACAUUUCUGGAGUUAUGGAGAUGAUGAGCAAAGAAGGAGAAGUUGGAGUAAAUACUGGAAAUGAUUACAAGGGCAAGAAAGUUAGGGUUUGUGAUUUGGUUUUGAGGGCUCUAGGGUUGGUUUUCACUCUGGUGGCUGCUGUUUUGGUUGGUGUGGAUAAGCAGACGAAAGUGGUAGGUGUGCAGCUUAUAGAUACUUUACCACCUGUCAAUGUUCCUGUUUCUGCAAAGUACCAUUACUUGUCUGCUUUUGUAUACUUUGUCGUGGUGAAUGCAAUAGCAACUGGGUACGCAGGGAUGAGUGUUGCAGUAACAGUGGUACACAGAAAAGGAGGAGGAAGAAGCAAAGGAUUAGAGAGAGUGAUGAGGUUGAUGGAUGCUGUAAUGGUGGGAUUGCUGUUUUCUGCGUGUGGAGCAACCAUAGCGUUGGGAGUGAUGGGGUUUCGAGGGAAUUCCCAUCUUAAUUGGCAUAAAGUCUGCAACGUGUUCACCAGAUUCUGUCACCAAGUUGCUGCUGCUUGUCUUUUCUCCCUCCUCGGAUCUCUCACCUUCCUUCUCCUCCUUCUGCUUCCUGCCCUUAGGGCUAUUUAUUAAUUAGUAGCAUUUCCACUCUGGUUCUGUGUUUGGUGGUUGUUUUGAGCUAUAAAUGGAUUAAUGGCGAAUUCAGAUCUAUCUUCUGUACUCAAUUAUGGAAGUUGGAAACAUUCCAAGUCUUGGCCCUUGAGAAGGGACAAUGGCAGCAAUAUGAAUAGCCGGAUCCGUAUUUUUAUAGGAAA